AUGGGGGACGAUCAGUUUUACUACACGCCCACCACGGCGCUACUUAACCUCGUAUACCACGUUCAAAAUGGAGCCGCAACGGGGACAGGGAUCCUCAGACUAGCUUCCAUUGCGCGAAACCUACAAGGCCCCAUUAUUCCCGACUCGAUUGUCAAUUACUGUGUCAUUACCCAAAACAAUGUGUUUGGAGGAUACCCCGAUAUGCUGGAUUUCGCCCCGUCGAUAGUGUUUGCCGUCUUGUUUGCCCUCAUCAUGGUUAUGCACGUUAUCAUUUUCGCCGUUGACCAAUGGAGGGGCCAUUACUUUUACCUUUCCUACAUGUGGAUUUUUUACUCCAUCUUGAAGAUUUUGGGCUUUGCCUUGCGUGCUCAGUGGUCGAAAGACGUGACGCAGAUCCCCACGGGGUUGACGAGUGAAGUGUUUUUGAUUGUGCCUGCUAUUGUCAUUGUGCUGGCCAACUUGAUCCUAGCGCAACGGUUGUUCACCUGGAGACACCCCGUGGGUGGUUCGAGGAGGUUGUUUUGGGGAUUCAUGUUGCUUACCUACUCCUUCGUGUUGAUUUUGCUCGGGUUGACCAUUGCCGCUUCAUUUUCACCAUACAUCAACUUUCUCAGCUACCGGUCGUAUAGAUCGUGGAUUGCCACGGUGCAAUUUACAUCAAUCAUGAUCAUUGCCUAUUCUUUGACUGCGGUUGCCUUGAUCGGCUUGAGUUUCUGGUUGCCCACUAAAAAGGAUGAGUUGAGAUACACUUAUCAGCCGUGGUGGAUUGAGAGUUUUGCUCCGUUUUAUUUCCCUGAAAAGGGAGCUGCUCAAAGGGCAGCUGCUGGGUUCAUGAAGCGAAACUCGAAUCACAGGCAUGCAACGAGAGUUAUCGCUGCGACGCACCAUCAUUUCCACAGUGUCAAAGGCUUGACCAACCAGCGCGGCGACUUGAAGCACAACGUGUCGAUGGGGUUGUUGAUUAUAACCACCACUUUGAUCUUGAUUGGCGCCAUUGGUAGAGCCAUUGUCGUGUUCCAAGCCAGACAGGAUCGAUACGCCGGCGGCGCAGCCAACAAGUGGUUUAUGUACGUGUGUUGGGGAAUCUUUGAACUCAUCAUCAACUUGCUUUACAUCUUUGGCAGAGUCGAUUUGCGUUUCUACAAGCCCGAUAGAUUGCCUAAGCCAGUGAGAGAAAUCGUCACUGCUGAGCAAACCUACUACCCAAGUUCAGAUGAAGACGAAGAAGGGUUCCAUAGAGAUAGACCAGAAACGUAUGGCAAGAUGCGCGGCGUUACCGCACACGGCUACAAGAACUCCGAGUCGAGGCAAGAAGCGGCCAACGCUGCAAAUGCCAACUACUAUGGCGACGAUGAUGAUGACGACGACGAUGUGGAAGCAGGAGCAACAGACGAAGAAGAAGACAAGUUCUACUUUGAAGAAUCCGAUAUCGAAUCUGACGAGUGGGAUUUCACUGUGCCCAAACAGCAACCUCACGCCGACGCUGACAAAUCGCUUCCUCCAAGGCACGACUUGCCCCUUCCGCCUCCUAAAGCUAGAACCAAUCCUCCAUACCCCACCGCUGAGGACCAGAAAGGCCCUAAGCCAGAUACCGAUACCGAAUCCGAGUUCAACUUUUAA